AAAUCUCGAUAUUUUGUAUAUCGAUUGUGUUCUUGUCAGUCUGACAGCUGCUUUAAGGUUAUACUACUAUUGUAGUGGAUUGCAUUCGCGAAAUUUAUUGCUAUUGGUCUUAACAUUACAUAACUAACCAGCUAUGUCUCAGGCUCCAGUUCGUGUAUCGCCACUCAUCAAGCUGGGAAGAUGGUCCUUGUUGCUUGUGGGUAUUGCCUAUGGCGCUGCCCACCAAAGCCGGCUCUCGAAGAAGGAGGAGAAGGUGCGCGAAAUUGAAAACCAACAGAAGGCCGUUCGUGAUGCCAAAUUGGCCGAAGAGAAGAAGCGCAGCGCUGAGGCUGAGGCUAGGGCCCUGGCCGAGCUGUCGAAACCUCGUUCCCAAUAGAAUGGAUCUUUAGUUUCUUAUUAACAGUUAAUUAAUUGCUUCUACAAGUGCUGCAACAAAAACAACAUCCAAAUUCCAUAAGGCACAGGCGAUCGGACAGUGUUGCUCCCCAGCUAUCGAAUUAUCGAUCGUGUUUGUGUGUUUAUCUGAAGUUUGUGCAAAUUAAAUGAUUAAAAAUGAAGGAAUUAUGUAAAACAUA